GCGUUAAUCCUUGAUUUACUCAUCUCAAGAAGGCAGUCAAGGCUUGUGUAUCUUUUUUGUAUAGUUGGGGUAUCAGGACAGGAACUACGAUUGGGAUUCAGAUAAGAGAGCGGAAAGCAACAGAUAACUAUGGCGCAGCCAAAGAUUACGUUUUAUGUGGAUAUCGUAUCGCCGUUUGGAUAUAUUGCUUUUUACAUCUUGAAGAACUCCCCUGUGUUCAAGCAAUGUGAGAUCACAUAUGUGCCUAUCUUACUGGGCGGAUUGAUGAAAAUGUGUGGCAAUACGCCGCCGUUGAAGGUGAAGAACAAGGACAAGUGGAUCGAAAAUGAGCGUCAGCGCUUGUCAAAGCACUUCAACGUGCCCAUGUUACAGGAUGCGCCGCCGGGCUUUCCUACAAACACACUGCCUGUCCAACGUGCCCUGGUCGCAUUAUCCCUGUCCCAUCCACAGAAGUUGGAGAGCGCCGUUGCGCUUUUCUGGGAUAACUUCUGGGUCCAAUGGAAUGAUCCGAAUCAGCCGGAGAAUAUGCUGUCCAUCCUUAAGACGGUGUUGGGUAGCGACGAAGAGGCGAAGGCGGUGAUUGAGCGGAUGAAGGAGGAGGCGGCGAAGAAGACGUUGAGUGCGAACACGGGUAAGGCGUUUGAAGAUGGGGCUUUUGGGUUGCCUUGGUUUGUUGCUACGAAUGUGGAGGGAGCGAGUAAGGGGUUCUGGGGUGUGGAUCACAUGGGUCAGCUAUGUGAUCAUCUGGGUCUUGAAAGGCCUGUCGGUAAAGGAUGGCGUGCGUUGCUAUAAGAAGGGAAGUAAGUUGCACUUUGCAUCUUUUAACUCUACUGUAUCAACAAUUGCAGCGCUAUGUCUUUGCCUGUUCCUCCAA